UAAAUAAUGCUUGUUUAUUAUACCUACUUAUUAUACUUAUAUUCUUAUUUCUAUUAGAAAAUACAGAAAAAUCCAAUUCAAAAAUUUUUUUUAUAACACUAAAUUUUAAUUAUUACUUAUCAUUUAUAUAACAAAAUCCUAUAAUGGAAUUACUUAUUUAAGCAUUCGAUAGAGCACAUUGCAAUAUUAAAUCGUGUUAUAUUUCAUCUAAAUUUAAACUUAAUAAGAGUGUAAUUUGUUUUCAAACUACGUGUUUAUUAAAUAAAAUAUGUAAUAGAAUAGUUCAAUCGUGUCUAAAUUAUAAAGUUAUUGUAUAUAUUAGCGUUUAAUUCGACAGUGUUAGCGUUUAAAACAGGAACCAUGUCGAUGCCACAUAGUAGCUCCAGUACUACGAGUUCUAGUACAAAACGCAAGGAAAUAUACAAAUAUCAGGCACCAUGGCCAUUAUACUCCAUGAACUGGUCGGUGCGGCCUGACAAGAGGUUCAGGUUGGCCCUCGGUAGUUUUGUUGAAGAAUAUAACAAUAAGGUACAAAUAAUAUCACUAGAUGAGGAGACAAGUGAAUUCAGUGCUAAGAGCACAUUUGAUCACCCAUAUCCCACCACUAAAAUCAUGUGGAUACCUGACAGCAAAGGGGUGUAUCCUGACCUGCUUGCUACAAGUGGUGACUACCUGCGUAUCUGGCGUGCCGGUGAACCAUACACUCUCUUUGAAUGUGUGCUCAAUAAUAACAAGAAUUCCGACUUCUGUGCACCGCUGACCUCCUUUGAUUGGAACGAGGUGGAUCCGAACCUCAUUGGGACCAGUAGCAUUGACACCACCUGCACGAUUUGGGGCCUGGAAACAGGACAGGUGCUCGGCAGAGUUAACGAGGUGUCGGGGCAUGUGAAAACCCAAUUGAUUGCUCAUGACAAGGAGGUGUACGACAUAGCGUUCAGCCGCGCGGGCGGCGGCCGCGACAUGUUCGCGUCGGUCGGCGCCGACGGCUCCGUGCGAAUGUUCGAUCUGCGGCACCUCGAGCACUCCACCAUCAUAUACGAGGACCCGCAGCACACGCCGCUGCUGCGGCUGGCGUGGAACAAGCAGGACCCCAACUACCUGGCGACGGUGGCCAUGGACGCGUGCGAGGUGAUCAUCCUGGACGUGCGCGUGCCCUGCACCCCCGUCGCGCGCCUCAACAACCACCGCGCCUGCGUCAACGGCAUCGCCUGGGCGCCGCACAGCUCUUGCCACAUCUGCACGGCCGGAGACGACCACCAAGCAUUGAUAUGGGACAUCCAGCAAAUGCCUCGAGCGAUCGAGGACCCGAUACUCGCGUACACCGCCGCCGAGGGCGAGGUCAACCAGAUACAGUGGGGGGCCACCCAGCCGGACUGGAUCGCCAUUUGCUAUAACCGUCAUACAGAGAUAUUGCGCGUCUAAUAUGAAUAUGUCCAUGUCAUCCGAUUUUAGACCCUAUUGUUUGGUUAUAAAUGUUCCUAAUUGGUUGAUGAAAAUAUAACGCCAUUCUCUAUAGUCUAGGAGCCCGCUGCCGAUUCUUGCAGGUAUAAAACUUUGUUGAACUGUUCUCUGGUUGACUGUUCCCAAAUACACGCAACUUAGUGUUGCCAGAUGGAAAUAGGUAUAAUAACUUGAGUAACUUUCCUUUUAUCAUGCUUUUUAAUAAGAUUUAAAGGAAACGGAAGUUUAUUCUUAUCUAUGACGGUAGCAAAAAAGAAAAAAUUGCCAGCAAUUAUUGUUAGCAUCUAAAAUAUUACUAUGGAUAAUGGUGUUGUAGUUAUAGGGAAUUGGUCGUUUUCUAUAAAACCUUCACUAAACGAAAGUAUAUUUUUUUCUCUAACCAAUAACAUAGGGCAAAUUAGAAAGAAGUUAUCAUCUACCUUUACCAUGCCGUCUAUUAUAAAUUCAAGCACAAGUUUUGAGAAUGGCGCAUCAAAAUCGACCCAAAUUUUCGUUUAUGGUGC